AUGGCACCAUUCCACGAAGAGCAUUUCUUGAUAAUAUCCCCAGGGUCAAAAAUAACACUAGUCCAAUUUGGUAUACAUGAUAGUACUUAUACACCUCCUGUUAUAGAGGUUCCAACCAAAGUUUAUAAACAUCCAACAAAAGAGAACUUUUUUUUAUCAAAAGGUGAAGAAACAGAUGUGAUAUAUCCAAUAAUUAAAGGUAAAAUUGUUAAUAUUAAUGCUUUUAAUUUCUUCUUGAAGUUAAUUUAUAAAUCAAUUUUAUCCAAAAACCCAAAUAUUAAUAACAUUCCAUUCUUAUUAUUAUCUAGUGCAGGGUGGUCUAGAUUAGAUAUAGAAUACAUUACACAAUACGUGUUUGAAUCUAUGGAAUUGAAUGCAUUCACUGUUAUACCUAGUUCAUUAGCCACUGUUUAUGCAUAUGGUGCACAACCAAAUGGUGUUAUUAUUGAUAUUGGAUUUGACAAGACAGAAAUCACACCAGUUGUUGAUUAUGAAGUUGUUAAUCAUGCUAAGAAAACUUUGGAUGUUGGUGGGAAUGAUAUAAAUAAACAAUUAUCAAAAUUAUUACCAAAUUUAACAUCAAGUCAAAUUGAAAGUUUGAAAAAAUCAUCAAUUUAUGAAGUUUUAAAUGAUGAAGAUAAACAAAAUUCAUUUUUCGGUAAAGAUGGAUUCCAUCAAGAUGAGGAUGAUAAUGAAUUUGACGUUGCAGCUAUUGUUACUUCGGGUAGAACUAGAGAGAUUUUAGAAGAACGUGAAAAAAAAGGUGAAAAUUCAAUACCAAAUUCUCAAUUAGAGAAGAAUUCAUUUAUUGAUCAAGAUGAUAAUGAAAUUACAAUAGGGAAGGAAAGAUUUAAAGGUUGUGAAAAUUUAAUUUCCACAAUAUCAACAAAAGUUCAUGAUUGUUUAACCAAGAUUGUUGAUUUAUCAAAACGUCAAGAAUGUUGGGACCAUAUUUUGAUUGUUGGUAAAACAAGUAAGUUGAAAGGUUUUAUAGAUUCAUUAAAUGCUCAAUUAAUUGAAGAUCAUUUAAUUGGUAAAGAAUUACAAGAAAAUCCAGCACAAGCUGCUUUCCAAACCACAUCAACUUCAUCAAUUGUUUAUAAUCAAAUUCCAAACUCAAUUAAAUUUGGUAAAAUGCCUGAAUAUUUCCCUGAAUGGAAAAAAGCUGGAUAUGCAGAUGGGUUUUUCCUUGGAGGUCAAAUUGUUUCAAAACAAAUAUUUGGUACAAAUAAUGAACAUUUCUUUGUUACAAGACAAAGUUAUAAUGAUAAAGGUCCUUUGGCCAUUUGGGAAACUUCAUUUUAA